CCUUGCCAGUGGGGGCGGUGGGGAGCGGCGCAGCGCACAGACUAGACUUUCCAACACCACUACCGUCUCGGCCAUGACUGCUUGCGUACGUAAUAUCUACUCUAACUGAAAGAGCAGACCCCGUCACGGGUCAUCCCUCCGAUGCACCAGCACCAGAAGCAGACAAGCAACGAGAUCGAGAGCGACGAAGCUGCUGCACCAGGAGAAGUUGCGUUGACUAGCCGUGGACUGCUGUCGCCACCACCACCACCACCAUCGGGGUUGGUGCCCCUGUGAUGAGUGUAUUAUGAUGAGGUGCGAAGUGGUUCUUAGUGUGGAACAAGAGUAGAAAAACGAACUCAAGGAAACGAGUGCAGUGCACAUCAAAUAAGUUGUAAUUUGGGAGGGUCGCGGUGCGCAUGCGUUAGAUGUCUAGACACCAGCAGGAGAGGCUCUGGCUGGCCGUCGGUAGCCUCACUAUAUGGUAGACAUGUUUUGGUAGACGGAAAGUGCGGUCGAGACGCAGACAUACACAGACACGCGCGCGCGUAUCUAUACACACAAUAUAUAUAUACAUACACGCUCGCUCCCCGCGGUGGGAAUAAACAAUUUACUACUACUAAAUAAAUAUAUAUGUGGAUGUAUUACUAGUAGAGUCGACGACCACACCGUCCAUUUCGGAAAAUGGAUUGGAUCUAGUGCGCGAAUCUACAGUUUUGUUUUUGGUUUUAAAUUUACCAUUUUGGGUUUGAUUGUUUCGUUUGUUGUGUUCGUUCGCCUAUCGACUAAGAUGAUGGAGGUAACGUCCCACCUGAAGACGGUGCUGAAAAGCUACCAGCAUAGCGCGACGAAAAGUCUGCAGGGCCCUGGACUGAUCACCGCCAAGGCGGAACUGCCGGACGUCGAGGACAUCGACUUCGUUCAGCCGCAACCAUUUCCGAUCCAGCAGAUGCCCAUCCUCACUACCGCCGAUAAGACCAGCAGCGAGCGCUCGGAGACCAUUCUCGAGGGCGAGCCGAUAUCCUGCUUCAUUGUCGGCGGCGAGAAGAGGCUCUGUCUGCCCCAGGUUCUUAACUCGGUGCUGCGCAACUUCUCGUUGAACCAGAUCAAUCAGGAGUGCGAUACUCUUCGUAUCUACUGUUCGAGGUGCACUCGCGACCAACUGAACGUGCUCAAGGACCAUGGGAUCCUUCCCAGCGUUGCCCAUAGUUGCGGCCUCAUCACCAAGACGGAUGCGGAGCGUCUCUGCAGCGCCCUUCUGCACGUAUCCUCCGCGACGCCAACCGCUGCUGUCAUCCCGCGCGAGGGCGGUCUCCGUUUCACCGUAUACCACGAAUGUUUUGGCAAGUGCCGGGCACUUUGCUUCCCGGAGAUGUACACCGGUGUCACGGCCACCUGCAUCGAAUGCCUCCAGUGCCAUCGGUGGCUCUCGCCCCAGCAGUUUGUCUGUCACGUGCACGCCAACCUCGAGAACUGCACCGUCCACUGGGGCUUCGACUCGAGCAACUGGCGCUCCUACAUCCUCGUCCACGAGGAGCAGCCCAAUCAUAAGCAGUAUACCCAAUACUUGGACAUCAUGAAGGAGCAGUACGUCGGCAAGACUCCCUUCGCCCAAAGCGACUUCACAAAUCACAAACGAAAAAUGAUGCAUUCGUCGGAGAAGUUGAUCAAGCAAGAGGAUGUGCCGCCACCAAUUAAAAAGAACAAAGUGGAGUACAUCCCGCUGCCGAUGAUGCAUCAGAACCAGUCAAUCUACUUCCAGUACAUAGAUACGAUGAUUCCGCCGAGCCUAAAGCAGAGUAAGAUCAGGGAGAUGAUGUCUACGAAUAAUGGAUACAGACCGGCAGCUCUGCCGCCACCGCCUGCUGCAAACCAGACAUCGCUGCGGAGGCAUUACUCGGAGGGCGGCGGUGGCGGGUACCAGCCGAACGUAGCUUUGGCACCGGCGACGCCCAAGAAGCACAGAUAUAUCAAGCCAUCAUCGUACAAACAGGAGGAGGUCAGCUCAUCGAUGCAGAAGGAGAUCAAGGUCGAGCGGAUCGAGGACGAACGGCAGACGCAGCAGAGGUCGCCCGAUUCGCACAACGUGAUCGACUCUACGGUAUCGGUGGUGCAAAGCACCGGCAAGAUGCUGACCAGAUAUAACUCGGAGAUAGAGCUGUCAACCGACACCGACGAUACAGCCUCGGAGAGCUCAGACUGCACCGAUAAAUUCGAGGAGGUUGUCAAGAGCGUGAUCGACAAAGACCUGCAGCAUCUGCUUCAGAAGAUCUUCCGGCGGAUGUCCAAAGAGCGAGCGCUGUCGAUGGCGGAAGCAAAGGAGAAAAACGUGAGGAUUAUGGAGCUAGAGUUGAAGCUGGAGCGAUUGCAAAAGGAUAUGCAGGAUUCGGAGGACAGACUGAAAAUAACGCCUUCACCGCCGUCGACUCCGCCGCUGAUUGAUGAAAAGCCCAUCAAACGAGAGACGGUUGUGGCGGCGACAGUGCCAUCGGACGCACGCAGCGAAACUUCGCCGCCGCCUGUGACGACGACGACGACGUUGCCGCAGCCUUCGCCGCCACCGCCUCCGCUCGAUAACGAUGUCGAGCCUGCCUCCUCCCCCGCCAAAACCAGUGUCAUCACGACGGCACAGGAAACGGGCGGCGGUUGCGGAGAGACCGCGAACGCUCUGUCGCCGCCGCCUCCCGAAUGACUCUGAUUCGGAUCUGCUUUACGUAUCCUGUUGGAUCUUGCGACCACUCUCACCAAGUUCAUUCAACGCAAGGGAAGAACCUGUUCAGUUUUCGAGCUUUAUGUACAUUCGGCUGUAGUAGUUAUAUAACCAUACACAUAAACACACACAUACACACAUAUAUACUUAGCUUCUCUCGCCGAGGGACAGACAAAUUUGUUAUUUGUUUUAAUUUGUGAAAUUAAGACGAACUGUUAUUAUUAUUAUUAUCAAUAUGAUGAUUAAUCAAUAUUUUCGAGUAGUUUUUAAGUUUUAGACGAGACGAAGAUGAUAACUAAAUAUUUUUAUCGAUAAAGUACAAAGCGCAUCAGUCGCAGCUUGCAAAGCAAAGCUACGUUGAUCGAAGAAACAUAUAAUAUAUAUAAAAGAAAAGAAGAAAAAUAAGAAACAUAGUAAUAAAUAAGAUAUAAAACAAAUCGAUUAUAUAAAUAUAUAUAUAACAUGACGACAUAUAUACACUUACACACACAAUUUUCAAUAUUCUUAAUAUGAUUAUUACUAUUAUUAUUAUUAUCAUCGUUGUAACGGCGUGAAUGAAUGAAUUUGAUUGUUUUUGUUUUCUUGCGAGGGUGCGCGGGUUCAAGUCCCACGAAUUAUCAAUAAUUUAUUUUAAAAAAAACACCACUCCCCCAUCGAAAUGGAUUCAAUCAUUAAUUGUAUACAACAACAAAAAAAAAACACCAUCGAUCUUUUUUGAUAAAAACCGUCGACCAAAAGAAAAGAAAAAAACAUUUUUGAUACACGUUUGAUACAUUUUUCUCAGGUAAUCGAUGCAAUCAUCUAUUGAAGAAAAAAAAAUAACUUUUUUAUAUGGAUUUGGAUUUUCAGUUUGACAUACGAGUUAAAGUUUGUUUUAUUUUACGUUUUUUUUCUCAUUAUUUUUUUUAGAGAAAGCGCGGGACGCGAAAAAAAAAAUUUGAUCCCGGAUCGAAAUAUUGAUUGAUAUAUUGUAUAUGAAAGAAAGUGAAUAUUAUGUAUAUAGAAAAUACAAUUAAUGAUUAAAUAUGUUUAUAAAAAAAAAUAUAUACUUGUAAUUAUAGGAGCGCAAAUAGUAUAAUAUACAGAAGGAACUUUGUUUUAGAAUGACUGUGGUAUAUAUUAUAUAGAAGAUACAAACAAAAAGUAAUUUAAAUAUUCGAAAAGCGCAGGAGAGUAAUAUAUAUGAAUAUAUAUAUAUUAAAUUGAAGAUAAGGUUGAAUACGAGGAGAACGCCAUAUGAAUAGAUUUUAUUAUUAUUAUUUAGGAAGAAAGAUAUUUUUGUUUAUUUUACUAAUUUAUUUAUGACUAUCCUUUCACUGUGAACCAUCCCCACGGUGCGGGGAUGUAAAACAAAAGCAGCGUAGAUUCAUGAUUUCAUAGACGUCAGGGAUCUACGAUAACAUUAUUAUUUAUAUAUAUAAUAUUAUACGCAUAUAAAUAUGUAGAUGAUGUACAUUUCAUUUCUUGUUUUGUUUGUUUAGACUAUUAUUUUUUGUGUUGUUCUUUGAUCGAACAGACGAGGAUGUAACUGCGGGGAAAUUUGUGAUAGAGGGAUCAUUUCGGAUGGCGGAAUCCGAUUUGCCGAGGAAGCAACUAAUUUAAGUUUAAAAAUUUGCUACAGAAAAAAAAA